UCCCUUUUUUCCCUCCUCCCUCCCCUCUCCGUCUCUCCUCUCUGACGCCUGAUCCGCGGGAUCUCGGUGCGCUUCAGACGCGCUUCGGACCCCAAAGCACCCCAAUGGCCCCCCAACAGCGGGACUGCGUUAAACAGAGGAUCUGUAGCCGUUUCUAGCGAAGGCAGGACCACGACUGCAUCGCAUCCUCUCGGAAUACUGCAUUUUUUUUUUUUGGGAGGUCGAUUUCUGUCCAGCGAGGAGGAAAGCGGAGAUGGUGCUGAUGAUGCGCCGCCGAUGGUGGAUUUCCCUUUUGUAUGUCUGUGGACUGAUGCGCGUCGGUCACCAGAGCAGCCCCGUUGCGCGUAAAGGAGAGGCGUCUCUGAGCCCGGAGGACCUGCCGGCUGCGAGCAGGUUCGUCGGGGUGGAGGACACGGUUCCUGUCCGCCUGCUCUACAGCAUGAGCAGCCUCCAGCAGGUCCCACACCACGGACUCAGCACCAGAGUUAAGGCCAGCUCCGGAUCCCCGCAGGCAGACCAUGUGGCCCAAGCAAGCUUUCAAGUUGAUGCUUUUGGAAGGAACUUCAUCCUGGAUGUGGAACUCAAUCAUGAGCUGCUGUCGUCGGGCUACGUGGAGAAGCACGUGUCAGAAAAAGGGAGGACUGUGGUGUUCAGUGGAGGAGAGCACUGCUACUACCAGGGGAAGGUCAGAGGCAUUCCUCAAUCCUUUGUGGCUCUCUCAACCUGUCAUGGAUUGCAUGGGAUGUUUUCUGAUGGCAAUCACACCUACAUGAUAGAGCCUGGAGGACAUGACAGCAGUAAUGGAGAUGUUCAUCUUCACAUGAUUUACAAAUCUGCAGGACACGAUGGACUCAGCGAUCUCUUCAGUGGUGAUCUUCCAGAACCAGCUUCCUCAAGCCGUCCAUUUUCUGGGUCAAAAGUUGUCCACUGGAGAAAGAAGAGACAGGCUCCGCACUUUUCAAGAAGUGUGGAAGAUGAGACCAAAUACAUUGAACUUAUGGUAAUCAAUGACCAUUUAAUGUUCAAAAAGCAUCGCCUUUCUGUCGGACACACAAACAACAAUGCAAAGACAGUGGUCAAUAUGGCUGAUAUGAUCUUCAGGGAACAGCUCAAUACCCGGAUUGUUCUUGUCGCCAUGGAAACCUGGUCCACUGACAACAAGUUCAACAUCGAUGAUGACCCCAUGGUGACGCUGAAGGAGUUUAUGAAAUACAGGAAAGACUUCAUUAAGGAAAAGUGUGACUCAGUACAUCUUUUCUCAGGAAAUCACUUUCAUAGCAACAGGAUGGGUGCUUCCUACUUGGGAGGAGUUUGUUCUCUCACAAAAGGCGGAGGAAUCAGCGAGUUUGGUAAAACACACGAGAUGGCCAUUUUCCUAGCUCAGUCUCUUGGACAGAACAUUGGCAUUUUCUCAGACAAGAAGAGGAUCCUCAGUGGUGAAUGUGAAUGUGAUGAUCGAUGGGCAGGCUGCAUCAUGGAUGACAUGGGUUACUACAUGCCGAACAAAUUCUCCAGUUGCAACGUGGAGGAGUAUCACAAUUUCCUUAACAGCGGUGGAGGAGUCUGUCUGUUCAACAUACCUCUAAAGCUGCUUAACCCUCCAGAAUGCGGCAACGGCUUUGUGGAGCCAGGAGAGGAGUGUGACUGUGGUAGUCCAGCUGAGUGUGCAAGAGAAGGGCAAAACUGUUGUAGGAACUGCACCUUGACAAAAGGCUCCAACUGUAGCAAUGGACUCUGCUGCAAUAAAUGUCAGAUGGAGCGCAUAGGAGUUGUGUGCCGGGAGGCGGUAAAUGAUUGUGACAUCCCAGAAAACUGCUCAGGCAAUUCUAGUCAGUGUCCACCCAAUGUGCAUAAGAUGGACGGUUACACAUGCGAAAAAGAUCAGGGUCGAUGCUUUAAUGGAAGGUGCAAAACCAAAGACAGACAGUGCAAGUACAUUUGGGGAGAGAAGGCAAUGGCAGCCGACAAGUUUUGCUAUGAAAAACUCAACAUUGAAGGAACCGAAAAAGGAAACUGUGGGAAGGACAAGGACACAUGGAUCCAGUGCAAUAAACAGGAUGUUCAUUGUGGAUACCUGCUGUGCUCCAACAUCUCACCUGCUCCACGCUUGGGGGAGCUGCAGGGAGGACUAACAUCUUUCUCUGUAGCUCAGCACAGUGCUUCUCUGGACUGCAGUGGUGCUCAUGUGAUGAUCGAUGGAGAUACUGACCUCGGAUAUGUUGAAGAUGGGACGGCCUGUGGAACAGACAGCAUCUGUUUCAAUCACAAGUGUUUACCAGUCCAACAGUUCAACUUCAGCACCUGUCCCGGGACAACUGACAACAGCAUCUGCUCUGGACAUGGGGUGUGCAGCAAUGAGCUGAAGUGUGUGUGUCACCUUGGCUGGACAGGAGAAGACUGUGGUUCCAUUUCUCCCUUCAGUUAUCUUGUAGUGGGACCCACUGCACCUGUUUCAGGUAUCACCAGCACUAACAUCAUCGUCGGGGCCAUAGCUGGCUCCAUUCUUUUCCUUGGCCUGAUACUGGCAGUUACAGCCUGGUGCUAUAAGAGCUACAAGAAGAGACGCUAUGUUGAGUCUGAGGUUCACAGAAGAUUCUGUCGACAAAUCCCCCCUGGUGACUAUGUCACCAAGCCUGGGGAUGCAGAUUCCUUUUACAGUGACAUGCCUCCGGGCAUCAGCACAAACUCGGGCUGCAGCUCCAAGAAGAGGUCAGCCUGCCUGUCUCACCUGCAGAUUUGCACCUUGUCCUUCACAGCCUCCAUCCCAUCCAUUUCUCAGAACAUCUCACUGUUUGGCUUCAGAUCUAAUGGGUUGUCUCAUUCAUGGAGCGAGAGAAUUCCAGAUGCCAAACACAUUUCGGACAUCUGUGAAAAUGGAAGACCGCGAAGCAACUCCUGGCAAGGAAACCUGAGUGGUAAUCGGAAAAAGCUGAAAGGGAAGAAGUUCCGCGCUCGCUCGAACUCCACAGAGUAUUUAACCCCUCGCUCCAAAACAGAGUUUUAUGAUGUAACUAAAUGGGUAGAAGAUGUCAAUAAAAAUACUCAAGGACCUUUCCUUAGAACAUUGUCUCCUGCCAAGUCCCCUACUUCAUCCACCGGAUCUAUUGCAUCCAGCAGGAGAUACCCGUACCCGAUGCCCCCGCUCCCUGAUGACCAGAGGAAAGCUAACAGGCAGAGUGCCAGGCUGUGGGAAACCUCAAUAUAACAGCUGUAUUUUCUCACCUGCCAAAGCCCUGGAAGAAACACAAGUGUCUCUUCUCCUCUACGAAUGGAAAACACAAACAUGAAAACAAAAUUAACUCGAGGCUACUUCAGAGAAAGGGAGCCAACCCCCACCAAACAGAAGGUAGACAAAGCUCUGUUUAAGGCUGUCUUUCCAGACGCCACCUGCAGAGGGCAGUGUGGAGAAAAACAAGCACCACAUCUGCUGCAGAGCAGCUGGAUAUCAGACUGAGCUCUUCCUGUCUGCUCAAGCUUAAGAAAAUGGGGACUGGAGAGCAUAGAAACCACAACUACUUGCCCCCCAUCUUUUUUCUUGCACACCUCAACCCCACUGAGAUGUUACAGCUCCUCCUUAAAGGGAGCAGCAGAGCCAGGAGCAGGCCACUGCAUCACCACUGGACAUUUUUUUAACUGCUGUUUUUACGCACGCAAAGCACUGUAUGAAGUCCAACACUAUAUGCACGAGACAACCGAGUAAUCAGCAAUCUUCUGUUAAUUAGAACAACAGCAGACAUCUGAUACGAAAAGGAAAGCAUGCAAAGGUGCAGUGAGUUUUCUAGACAAUAAAAACCCCUGUAUCACCAACUAUAAACCACAACAAAGGAGGUGGCAACAACCUGACCCUUUUACUCCUGUUACUUGGUGUGUGUGUGUUUGUGUAAAUAUGUACAGUAAAUGACACACAGAGUACUCUUCUGCUUUUAUUUUGAAGGAAAGAACCCUAGAUGCUACUUUCAACUGUGGUGUAGACACAGAAAGCCGUAGAAGCGCUGCUGUUGUUCUUCUAUCAAGGUUUCUAUUUUUUAUAUGACCCCUCUGAUUUCUUUUCUACAUAUAAUUUCUUAAUCUGAGAUUUGAACCUCGAGCUUUUUCCAUCAAAAACAGAAUGUGUGCGUGUUCUUUUAUUUUUGUUUUAAAUAAACAAUGCAACACCCGUUUGUGUGGGGGGAAAAAACAAAAAAUGUUCAUUAAAGUUGCUGACAUGAUUCAUGAUUAGUGCUCAUUUAGUAGUUUGAGUAGUUGUGCCAUCAUCUGAGGGAAUUCACCAAGUUGUGUUAGUUGUAGUUAUAGAUGUGCCUGGUGUCAACAUACGAGUUUGAAAAGUCUAUCAUUAAGACCCCCCCCCCCCUUUCCUUUUUUCCACCACGAACCCCCUGGAGUUCAUUCACAAAGGGAUGAACAUGGUUGACAAAUGAGCAAAACCUAAAAUGUUGAAUUUUAAUUGUGCGUUCGAUUUAGCUGUGAUGACUGAAAUAUUUAGCCUUGUUAGUGAUGAAACUCUGCUGUACAGUGCUUGCUGUUUGAGCUUGUGAAGAGCAACGGCAUGACGGUUCCAUUUAAAUAGUCUCUCCAGACGGUUUUAUCUGUGAGGGCGCACUGAGAAACAAGCAUGAGAAGACUUUUGCCCUCCUAAAUCUUUCUACCCAGACUACUCACGGUCUGAACGAUUAAAUGAGGAUUCAAGCUGGAGAAGUUGUCAUUUCCGAGCACCUGUUCCGCUGAAUGUUUCUGUAUAAACUUUUUGUACGGCUCACUGCUAACAAGCUGUUGAGGACUGGAGUUUGUCACGUUGUUUCAGUGCGGCCACUUUUACCUUCGUCCAUCAUGUAUGCAUCAGGAUUGUAUAGACAAAAACAUUGUCACAGUAUUGGAAUAAUAGUGCUAAUAAUUCUCUUUUUUAAGUACCUUUGUAAUGUUCACUUUUUUCUGAGCAUACUGUAAAUCAACUAUUCUAAGUGUAAUUAAGUGCAUUAUUGUAAUUAAGUCUGUUGAUGAGUUUGAAUGGGAACAUGUUAAACAUAUUCGUCCUUCAGCAUGUGUUGAUCUGUGUGAUCCGAGGCUUGAACACUUGUUGGGAAACGGGAUGGUGGUUUGCCCAGAGUCACAGCUUUCAUCUCUACCCACUCGCCGCUUUUCCGAGCUACUCCAGGGUUAAGGUGUGCAGAAGUCUGGAGUUUAGGAUGGAGGUGUCCCGGACUACUGUGAGAGCUCUCUGUGAAGGAGGAGAUGUUGCAGGCUGCAGCAAUACCCGUGCCGUCUGCAGCGUUUUCCUGCACACACAGCUGGUCCGACUGAUUCUUUAGGAACCUCAGUUGCUUACUAGUCACACACCAGUAAUGUGGCUCAGUCUUUGGCUAAAAACCUGAAUGUAUUUUUGUACAGACAUUAUCUCCAAAAGGCCCUCUCCUCCUGGAAACCAGUUCAAACUCUUUUUGAUUUGUGUGUGUGCUUUAGAGACUACUCAAAAACCCACCUAUUUUUUUCUCUUUUUAUUCAUUCAGUAUUGUAAUAUAUUUAAUAUAAAAAUAAACUUUCAUCAACA